UCUAAUCUCAGAAAAAUGUUCAAGCGACUCCCUAGAACCCUUUUGCAGCCCUCAUCUAGGCCUCCGCAAGUCUGCUCUCAAUGCCGCAAUCUAUCUCAAUUGCGCGCACCAGUGCACAUUUCCCAGUUCCCUCGAUAUGCCUCUACUAUCUCCGACAGACAAACUAAGCAGGCUCGUAUGAGCAAGCUCCCUGUGUCUCAUAAACCUCCGAAACGACGGCUAGAAGCCGCUUCUCAACCACUUCGAAAUGCAGCUUCCAUAACAAGAGGGCCGGUUUUGCAGUGUAUUGCCCAUACAACAGCAGAAAAGUACGAUCUUAUCGCUCUAGGCACAACUCUCCAGUCUUUGGGUGUUCGAUGGGACGAAGUACCAGAAGGCGACCCCGAUAGGGCGCUGGUUAUUGGACCAUGGAAAGGGCGUGGUGGUGCGGAACGUCUGAUUAGCGGAAAGGACGUUCGGUCUACAUCCACUAUAGCUAAGAGCCCUGCGGUCGAGUGGGCCGAAAACGAGGGGGUGGAUCUGAGAGAUAUGGGGUUUGGCUACGGAGAAAGAGGCGAAAUAUGGGUAUUUAGCUCUGGCUCCUUCGUUACAUGGGGCCUAACCGAAGAGGAGGGAAAGGCGUUUUUGAGGCAAGUGAUCAGAGGUGGUCGGAAUGUUGAAAUCGACCGAGUGUCCCCGAAGGAAUGCGAACUGGAGGAAGUAGAUUUUGUCGUCGAUCCUACAGCCAAGACACACAUCCUCGGUAACCUCAUCCUACUCGGUCGACCACCUCAGCUGUCGACGUUUCAUUAUUCCCCUUCUCUUGCCUCUUUAUUAGCCAGAUAUACCUUGUCACUGUCGCUCUCCCGAUCAUCGUCCUUAUCAGUCCUUGAAGAGCGGCUAGACAAUCAUUUAGCAUCUGUAUCAAUUCUGCCUAGGACUUUAGAAAUGUAUGGACGUCAGCCUUUACCUCGUAAAGAGGUGAUCAGAAAAAUGGGAGAAUUAAUGACUUUGAGGAUGGCUGUCAACACAGCUGGUGGAGGACUGGAUGAUACCCCUGAAUUCUAUUGGUCUGAACCCGAACUAGAAUCCUAUUUCGACUCUGUUGCAAGCGAGUUCGAAAUAAAGGAGCGUAUAGAUGUAUUUAACAAAAAAAUCGACUACGCUCAAGAAGUGCAAAGCACCCUGCGGGCACUUUUAACCGAAUCAUCGGGGCACAGGAUGGAGAUGAUCAUUAUAUUGCUCAUCAGUGUGGAAGUUGUUAUCGUCCUUAUCCGUGAAGGUCCCGACCUUAUUCACAAGCUGUUGGAGAUCGUCGGAGUGGCCCCGGCAGAGGCUGAAGAUAUUACAGAGAAUAUCCAGAAGGUCGCCGAUAAGUUACCUUCAAUAGGUGCCAUUUCAUCGCCAGCGAUUCGUCAUACAACAACACACUGGGCAGAUGGUUCUGAACGAUAUGUAUAAACUAAAUAGAUUCCAAGAUUCUCAUGCACUUCUC